CACCGCCGGAGCUCAUCCAAGCAGUAGGAGGUGCCUCCGCUUACGUCUUCAGCUCCUUCCUCUCCCCCCUGAAGCUGAUGCUUCCUACUACUCCCUCUUCCUCCUCUUCCGGCGGCAUUUCAGUACAUUAGACGAGACUUUAGCUUUACUUCAUCUUGAUCAGAACCGUCUUUAGUAUGGAUUUUAGGCCUUCUUGCGUUGUCUUCUCUAGUGCUCACUCUUCGUCUUCUUGUGAUUCCAAUUCUGCUUUCGAUUCAGCUUCAGCUUUCAUGUGUUUAGGACCUGAUCUCCCCGAGCAUACCUUGAAGCCUUCCUAUUCUGAAUUCGCCGCUUCUGCUUCUCCCAUUCUUGAUUCCGCCUGAUCUUCCUUGAUUCUCGUUUUUUCUUCUUUUCACUGUUUUCUCUCUAAUUUCACGUUGCCCAGAGCAAUCUCCAAGUUGGGGAAUGAAAAGAUGUUGAGUACGUUACCUUCUGUUCCAGUUCUUUUUAGCCACUCACGGCCAUCAUUCACCGUGCCAGCCACCGGGGCUUCUUCAGCAUUCUGCACCGCUCGGUGUAAUCCUUGCUUCAAGGGGUAUGGUCUCAAGGACAAUUACUGUUCAUCCAUGAGGAGGUGGAGGAGCCUUAGGAGCACUUCAUCUACUUCGGGUUCCGCUUAUCAUCUCAUUACCAAUCAGCUAACCAGUGACUCUCCCCGUCACAAAAUUUUCCAGGAGGUUGAUCUGUAACACGUGUUUAUUUAUACUUCACUCCGAUUUUCUGAUAUUUCUGGGAAUUUAAUGUAAUUGUCAGGUUAUUAAGGAUGCAAGGGACAAGUUCACUCGGGAGAUCUCUUUUCAAUCUAAGGACAAAGACAUUUCUCUUGCCAAGGCCCUGCUGUAUAUUGCAGCUGAAGAUGAGGCGUUUGUGGCAUUCAAUAGAGAGAUGGAUGUUCAGUACCUCUCUCGUGAAAGGGGAAAUGUUUCUGUCCCUAAUGAUGCCCAAGAGUGGGAUUCUGUGGAGCAAAUGUCUUUGGGGGGAAAGAACAUAAAUGAGUGGUUGAGUGAGUUAGACAGUAUUGCCAAAGAAGUUGAAGCAGAGCUUGUUUCAAGAGAGAUAGGCUGCCAUCUGGGUGAAGUUCUGGAGGCUGUAAAUGUUGUCCUUUUUGAGUUGAGAGGCUUUAAAAGAUUACCUGUUCUUGCGGAUUCCAAGCAUUCUUACUUACACUCAGUACUAAGCUCUGGACGUGGCAGUGCAAUUUUGCUUAGCGUAAUCUACAUUGAAAUUUGUCGACGACUUGGACUAACCAUUUUGGGAUCUCGAGUUGGGGAAGAUUUUUUGAUAUGGCCCCAGACCUCAUAUCCUGAGGAGCUCUUCAAAGUAACUUCUGGACGCAGCUUGUUUGCUAUUGUCAAUGGAAAUUGCGUGGAGGACCCUAAAUCAUUGGCAUCAGAAUUAACUAGCACUUCACUUUUAGGGCUUGAGAUAGCAAAAAACCGUGAUAUUAUUGGGAUUGCUCUGGCGAACUUGAUUAGGCUUCACUGGAAGCGUGCUUCAAGAUCAAAUCCUGGAUUGAUGCUUACUUCUCCUCUUAGGCAAGUUCAUACUACUGACAAGGUGGAUAAUCCAAACGUUCCUUUGUUGCGGCCUCAAGAUCUUAGACUUGCUAUCAUGGCUUUGGAAAGAUUAUUGAUUCUGCAGCCACAUAACUGGGCACUGAGGAGAGACUAUGGCUUGAUGUUGUACUUUGAUAGGGACUUGGGAGGGGCAGUGCAAGAGCUCAGCAUUUGUAUGGCCUUUGCCCCUGAAGAAGAGGUGAAAAUUCUGGAACCUUUUGUCGAGAAAUUGCAUCUAAUGCGACUUGAAUUAUCAUGGAAGCAAUUGGGGAUGCUGGUCACCUGACAGUACCUUGACCUUGUAUAUACUUUUCUAUCGAUACAGCCUAGUUCGAUACAGUCUGUCACUGGGUUGUAUUUGGCUUAAUGAAUGUUCCCUCUCAGCAAUGUUUGAAGACAUUUAAAAGUCCUAAGAUAGUAUUAAGAUGGCAUCCUGGCCCUCUGGGAAUGUUGAUUUCCUAGCAUUAGAUUAGAGUGUUAGAUGUUUUACUUUAUGAAGCAUGAUAUUUUCUUCAAUGCCAGCAUGAGCAUGCCGCCUAGCUGCCUGUUCAAAUUAAAUAUGCUGCCCCACAACUGUUGUUCCAUGCAAGUCAAAAAAGAAAGGGGAGGAAAAUGCUGUUUUCAUGCCUGGCAAAUUCCACCUUCAGAUCUUUUAAAUAGCUUAGUCAACUAUGAUAACCACUAGAUCAACUCAAAAUAUGUAUACUACUAAAAAUUUUUAUUAAUAAAUAUUCCAAUAGAAA